AUGCCGCAACGACAACACCAACAACCACAUGAUGUAUUAUUUAUCACUUCCAUGUUCUUGACCUCAAAUGUCACUUCUUCUUCCAAUAACAACAACAACACGACUCAUUCCUCUCUUUCAAACCUCUUUCCCACUCCUUCCGAAAAUAUUUCCUCCAUCGUCAAUUCUUGUUUUUUCAUUCUUGUUUUUUCCAUUCUUAUGGUUGUCAUUGGUUAUGUCAUGUUUAAGACAAGAAAGACCUGCAAGAGAAAUCAUAAAAUUCUCUUCUUCUUACUUUCGAUAUUCAUUUUGGUUCAAUAUUUUGGUUUAAUCUUUCGAUUGGUGUAUAAUGGAAUUGGAUUGAGAGUCAAUCAAUUUGAAGAUUUGACUCGUGUGGAGAAUUUGAAUUCCUAUCUAGUGGCCAUGUGGACAUUUUCAGCGUUGGAAAACGUGUUUGUCCUUUCACAAAUGGCGACCAUUUUGAUGAUUAUGAGUUUUAUCAUGACCGUAUUCUUAAAAACUGCCAAACUGGUUGGAGCCAUGUCCUUCAAAAUGUACAAGAUUUUAUUUUGGGUUGUCACUGUCAUGGCUUUCUCAUCCCUUAUUUUCUUAAUCCCAAUUGUUGCUGCUGGAUUUUUUAAUUUACUUCUCAAAAUGAGCAUUCUCAUAGUGGACCCAACUCCGUUUUACAUCAUUCUCUUUUUAGUCUAUUUCACAGUCAUCAUGACAGAAACUAUAUUAUUUGUAUCCAUUGGAGCUCGAUUAUUGCAUGUGAUUAGAAAACAAUCUCAAAAUGUGUCAAAUGUCAAAACGAAUCUAUCAACCCAUUCAGCUCCAUCACAAAAACCUUACAUCAAAAUUGUUGGACUUGUCAUUGGAAUGGUUUUGAGUGCAUUCAUUCAAAUUUUGGCAGCUAUCGUUUCCAUCUUUACUACUUUAUAUUUAGGAUAUUUGCAUUUUAUUGAUUACUUUUUACAAUGUUUUGGAGUGUUGGUAUUUGCCAUUUUCGUCUUGUUAUUAUUCAAUCCUUUGAUUCAGCAAAUGGAAGAAAAGAAUGAAACAAAACCAUUGGAUUCUUCUCCUCAUGAAAAGAAAGAAAAGGAAUUCCAUCAAGUCGAAGAACAGAUUCAUGAAGCAAUUAAGGUGUAA